CUGACAGUGGGUUAGGCAGGAUGUGGUAGGGAGAGGUGUCGUUGGAAGCGGUCAAACAGAGGCACAGCGUACGUCGGCCCGGUCCGGGACGUCAAGCUAACAGGACUACUCCUCUUGUCAUCACGAAAACAAGCAGAGGUGUACAGAAAUGGAAAACGAAAGCUGAUUAAAUUAGAAUGUAAUUACUAGUUAGUUAAAGAACUGCUUACAACUCUUCUUACACUGCGAGAUCGAUUACAGGUUUGCGGACGAGCUAUCGGAAUAUUACGCACUUAUCUCGCUCUGGGCUGAUUUAAUCAGGCACAAUCGGGAAAGCCGUGGAAUCGCACUCGUCUGUGUAACUCGAAUGGAAAUAUUUCCCCCAGUUUUCGCCUUCCCACAGACAACUUGCCGCCGGCUGUGACGUGGUGUUUUUUCGGCGCUGAUACUUGCAGUUGAGUAUUUUGAGAAACUUUUACUGUACUGAAUCGAGGAAAAUGAACACUUCUGGUGCUGCAUCAGCGACUCGGCAGAAUGGAACAAACCCAGCUCGCCAAUCCGGUGACCCCAAAACGAGCACCCCCGCUCCGCUGGAUAUGGAGGAGGACCCGCAAUCCUCCGUGGCCGAUGCCACGCAAAUGGGUAUUAAAUUCGCCAAGACUUUCGUGUUGAUAUUUCCGAUAUACGUGCUGGGAUAUUUUGAGUUCAGUUUCAGCUGGGUUCUGAUAGCCUUAGCGAUGGUUUUUUGGCUGAAACGAAAUCAAGGUGAGAAAUACACGAGAAUUAACCGAGCCUUGGCCUUCUUCGAACACGAAGAGAAACGCGUGCGUCAGAGUUUGACAACUUCGGAGCUACCGCCCUGGGUGCAUUUCCCUGAUGUGGAGAGAGUGGAAUGGCUAAACAAGACGGUGAAACAGAUGUGGCCUUACAUCUGUCAGUUUGUGGAUAAACUGUUCAGAGAGACGAUUGAACCCGCAGUGAAAGGAGCAAACGCCCACCUCAGCUCCUUCUGCUUCUCCAAGAUCGACAUGGGAGACAAGCCUCUCAGAGUAAACGGAGUGAAGGUUUAUUCUGAGAACGUUGAUAAACGACAGAUUAUCAUGGACCUUCAGAUUAGUUUUGUGGGGAACACAGAGAUUGACGUGGACAUACAGAAGUAUUACUGCCGUGCCGGGAUCAAGAGCAUACAGCUUCAUGGAGUUUUGCGAGUUGUUAUGGAGCCGCUGCUUGGAGACAUGCCACUGGUCGGAGCGCUGUCUGUCUUCUUCCUGAAAAAACCUUCUCUGGAUAUUAACUGGACUGGUCUGACCAACAUGCUGGACAUCCCUGGGAUUAACGGGCUGUGUGAUAACCUGAUCCAGGACAUAAUCUACAGUUACCUGGUCUUACCGAAUAAAAUCACCAUCCCACUGGUCGGAGAGACUCAACUGGCCCAGCUCCGCUUCCCAAUGCCUAAGGGAAUUCUGCGGAUCCAUUUUGUGGAAGCUCAGGAUCUGCUUGGGAAAGAUAAAUUCUUGGGGGGCCUUGUGAAGGGAAAAUCUGAUCCGUACGGAGUCGUUCAGAUCGGCAAUCAGCUAUUCCAGAGCAAAGUCAUCCAUGAGACCGUCAAUCCCAAAUGGAACGAGGUCUAUGAGGCGAUGGUUUAUGAUCAUCCCGGGCAGAAUCUGGAGAUCGAGUUGUUUGAUGAAGACACAGAUAAAGAUGACUUUUUGGGCAGCCUAAUGAUCGACCUGGCAGAGCUGGAGAGGGAGCAGAAAGUGGACGAGUGGUUUGUACUGGAGGAAGUAGCUACUGGGAAACUGCACCUCAAACUGGAGUGGCUGUCACUCCUCCCCACACCAGACAAACUGGACCAGGUGCUGACCAGUAUUAAGGCAGAUAAAGGACAAGCCAAUGAUGGGCUCUCCUCCGCUCUGCUCCUCGUACACCUGGACUCAGCCAAGAACCUGCCUUCAGGUAAGAAGGUGAGCAGUGACCCCAGUCCAUUUGUCCAGUUCAGAGUGGGACACAAAACCUUUGAGAGCAAGACGCGUUAUAAAACCAGUGAGCCGGUGUGGGAGGAGGCUUUCACAUUCCUCAUACACAACCCUAAAACACAAGAGCUGGAGGUGGAGGUGAAAGAUGAAAAGCAUGAGUGCUCUCUGGGUGUGUUGACUGUGCCCUUAUCCAGACUUGUGCAGGCUGAGGACAUGACUAUCAGUCAGAGGUUUCCACUCAGUAACUCAGCACCGAGCAGCACCCUCAAAAUGAAGAUGGCACUGCGGGUGCUGUGUUUGGAGAAGCUGACGGUGUCAGAUCAGCCGUCGUCGGUUCAGGUCCGCAGGGUUAGCGCCAGCAGCCCCUCCCCCUCCCCCUCCCAGCCCCCCUCCCAGCGCCCGUCUGUGUCCGGCCCCCCCGAGACCGGCCCACAGCAGUUCCCCGCCCCCCAGCCCAGGCCACUGGAAGACUCCCCUGUCCGUCUGGCCGACACGGGGCGGAGCUCCUCUAAUCUGGCCAUCUCAGGGUCUGAGCUGCAGCUGAACGAUAAAGAGCCGACGCCCAGCAUCGCCUCCGACAUCUCCAACCCCUACGCCACACAGGAACUCCAGCAGAGGCUGCAGCAACUACAGAAUGGUGGGUCCAGUCACUUUCCUCUGGGAGAGAUACAGCUGACCAUCAGACACAGCUCUCAAAGGAACAAACUCAUCGUAGUGGUACACAGCUGCAGGAAUCUGAUAGCGUUCACAGACAGUGGUUCUGAUCCGUAUGUGAGGAUGUAUCUGCUGCCAGACAAACGAAGGUCGGGUCGGAGGAAAACACACACGCAGAAGAAAACACUCAACCCGGUUUACGAUCAGUCGUUUGAGUUCAGUGUGUCUCUGGUGGAGCUCCACAGAAAGACUUUGGAUGUGGCUGUGAAGAAUGGAGGAGGUCUCCUCUCCAAACACAAAGGCCUUCUGGGAAAGGUCUUGGUGGAUUUGACAUAUGACGACAUUGCCAAGGGCUGGACUCAGUGGUAUGAACUGAGUGAAGACGGGUUGAGGAAACCUGCUCAGCUCUAAAGACUGAAAGCAAAAGGACCCACGGACAUCAGUUCCCCAGACACUCAUAUUAUCAGCAAAGACAUAUCCUUCACCAGUGGACUACAAAUAUCUUCCGCCUUUAGACUACAAAUACUCGCCAUUUUGACCUGCGUUUUAGCUAAUGGACACAUCUUACACUUUAUACAUGUUAAUUUUUAAGGGCACAAUCGCUGUAUUUGUUUGACUCAUUUCUAAAAUGCCUUUACCCUCCUUUGUGUAAUAAGCAUGUGCUGUUGUUAUUCACUUGGAGACGUGCCGUAGAAAAAGGGAGAGUUUGCCUGUGAAAUGGAGACGCUGUCCGUUAAAAAUUGCAACACGCGUGUAGCCUAAAUGUCCUGUCGCCCGCGUGAAGAACGCUACCUGUUGAAUUCGUAAAGGAGGACCAGGAGGGUGGCUUUUCCGACUCGUGUUCCUCUAAAAAGCCCAUUAGACCAAGACUCGUGAUCUACCAGAAAUCACAAGGAAAAGGCUGCGUUGGGCCAUCCGUGAAAUGGAGCUAGCGUGAAAAACACCUGCUACAGGCAUUGCUCGGUCUUUGGCCGUGGGUCUAUGACUUCUGUUCGACCUGAAAGCACUAACGCGCCUGCUCGCCAAAGAGACGAGUGAAUCCUUUUAAAAUGCGCCUGUGUGUUAGUUUGUGUGUAUGUUUUAAAUCAGAGAUGUGCCUAAAUGACUGUUAGCAUGUUCACUCGCUGUAAUGGUAAUUUAAUGUUUGUUUGUUAAUGUUCUCUUCUCCAUUUUAUCCAUAGCAACUCCCGCCAUUGUUCGAAAUAACUCGUAUUAUAUAAUAUCUGAAUGCUUGGCAUCGGUCGUACAUUUACUAACAUAAACUCCAAUAUGCCUGAGGGCCUCAAGCGUUUACCACGACAUACCUACUCUUUAUUUUAAUCCAAUUUCAUUGCGUGUUUAACAAUCUUAACAUUAUCUAGCCACGCAGCUCAGUCUUAAAAUUGUUGUGUUAAUGUUCCGACACAGGCGUGCGAGCUCUCGUCAUAAACUAAAUCUUGCUUCAUCAAAAUACUGUGUUCAUGUUUACUGACAUUUUGUUUCUGUAUUACUGAAGCACUCUUAUGAAACACCAGUUACUUUUAACAUACUGUCUGCGUGUGUGCGUGCGGGUGUUUGGAGGGCUUCUGUGGUGGGCUACCCGCUGUCCAUGUCCUGGUAUCCUGUUACCUGUAUUUUUUUAUUUUUAUGUUUUUUUUUUUUUACAUAAAGAUAAGAAUGUAUGAUUGUUAUGCUGGUCUCUUGUGUUUGCGGAGAGUCCCUGAAGACAGGCCUCUCCCCUGUAUCCGUCUCCUGUGCCUUACAAUCAAGUAUAUCAAUAUGCAUAAGAUAUUUAAGGAAUCUUUUAAGAAGCUUUUAAACGGUUGAGAAUAUUGUGUAAGUAACUGUCUCUUAAGAAACAAUAAAUAAAUAAACGGCUGCUGUUUACGCUUCACAAACACAGCAAAGAGCGUUUAA